AUGUCCCAGAGCCCAAAUGAUUAUCUCCAGAAGUGGAAAUUUCGGACAAACAAUUAUCUCAGAAUCCUUCAUGAACGAGAGGCUCCACCUGAAGACAAAAAAUGCUAUGAGCACUGGAGACUGCCUUUCCAUAAGAUAGGCAAAUGGAAUGGAGGAUUUUUCGAGGAAACGUCUCUGACCAAGAUAGGUAUGGACAUUUAUCUUGGGCAUCAGGGAAUGCCUUGUCCAGCACUUGGGGAUAUCCAUGAAUGGGAGGACACCGACAGGCCCAUAUAUCAACCGGCAGAGGACUUCCCUACCAUACUCGAGCCAUCAUUCUUGAACCACAAGCAAUGCAUCACAGUUGUUGACAAGUCCGGAGUCCAUUCUAUCAUGAUAAGGUUUUGUCAAUGUCCGAAUGCUUGCACACCUGAUAAGCAAUUAUUCGAGAUGGCCAUGUUUCCGGCAUCCUUCACCCGACCCAAGACUGUGUUUACCUUUCCGGUGCUGGAUGGUUUUGCAUUGGACAACUUGGAAUGCGGAACUUCAGCAAUGAAUUACUACAACAAAUUGACGUCCAGUAUAUUUCCGCAUCUAGUCCCAGUACGU